UUAACCACAAGGGCUAGGUAGCUGUUUACAAUUAGCCGCCAUCCAUCGUCCAUUGACUUUUGAGUCCGAACACAUAACCUAGCUAGUUAGCUAUGAAAAUUAUUCCGUCCUCAAAUCAAAGUAGUUUCGUUAACUACAUAUAGUCGUUUUGCAACCGUUACAAUACAUUUUAGUGCCACAAAUGAUCCGGAAGUUAGCCAACAAGCUAGCUACCUAGCUAACCGGUCACACUUACCAAAGUCGUACAAUGUGUCCAAAACUUGAUCUAGAAACACACCGUCCUCAUCCUCGUUUUCGUACACGGUCGGUUUCAUUUUGAGUUAAACCCUUCAGCAAGUUUACGUUAAAUUUAGGACACAGAAUGACUACAAACGUAACUCUAACGCACGUGUGCGGUGUGGUCCAGUAUUGACGACCGAGCCGUUCGAAACUCGCGAGUUUUUUUUCUACUGAACCGGGACUCGCGGGUAUCGUCUCUGUUAACUCGUUCACUUACCCUAGCAUUGCCGCUAGCCAAAUUCAAAAUGAAAGCAGACAUCAUAGCAUUUAUUGUGCAACUGCAUUUGUAUAAAUGUAUUAACCCCAUGGAAAAAGCAACAGAUCUGCUCGAUGAUCUGACCUGUUCGCUCGCAAACUCCGAGCCAAGCACUCCAACAGCACUCUGUUUGUUUAUUGCGUAUGUACCUCAAUGCUAUAUGUGUGUUUUUUGCGCAUUUGAUUCGACUUGAUUUGACUUUAAUGAGCGACUCGUAAAUACUCAAGUCAGUGAAAGGAGUCGUGUGGGUGGCGGGGACGUCGUCGAAUAAUUUUGUCCUUCCUGUCUCCCCGUAGCAGUAUGUCAAAAUGCCGGAAGUAGCGGCUAACGCCCAUGUGAAGUUCCUCCACGUCUGGAGCUGAUAUCGCUUUAGUGUUUUAACAACACCCCGCGUCAUAAAGACGUCCCUUGCAUCGCUGGAUGCAGCGUGGGUGCUUGCGGGAUAAAGUAUGGCAUCCACAGCGGUUUACUCGCAUCGGGAUCCAAUUCUGAAGAAGAGGGAUGAAUUUGAAGACAUCCUGGAGGAAAGGAGGCUCUCCAGUGACCUCAGAUAUGCGGUCAGAUGUUUCACUCCCGUCCUUUACAAAGGACUGGCGCCUUGCAAAGCAGACGUGCUGAAGAGCGUCACGCUUGACUCCGACCACGUUCGCUUCGUCAUCCAUCAGGUUUCCAAGGAGACGGGCAAAGAGGUGGAGGACGUCCAAGCCGAGGCGUCGGCCAUCGUGGAGGAGAUGGCUCACCGUCUGCAGCUCAGCACUAUUCGCUUCUUUGCCUUCGCCCUCAGCAAGGUCUUCAAGAGCUUGUUCAGGAGCAUCUGUGUCAACGAGGAGGGCAUCCAGAGACUCCAGCAGGCCAUCCAGGAGCACCCAGUGGUUCUUCUCCCCAGUCACAGGAGCUACAUGGACUUCCUGCUGAUGUCGUACAUCCUGUAUACCUACGAUCUCGCCCUGCCAGUCAUUGCUGCCGGCAUGGACUUCAUGGGGAUGAAAUUUGUCGGCGAGAUGCUGCGCAUGUCCGGCGCCUUCUUCAUCCGCCGCUCCUUUGGUGGCGACAAACUCUACUGGGCCGUCUUCUCCGAGUACGUCAAGACCAUCGUCAAGAGCGGCCAUGCUCCAGUGGAGUUCUUCCUGGAGGGGACGAGGAGUCGAACAGCGAAGUCUUUAACGCCAAAGUUUGGCCUGUUGAACAUCGUGAUGGAGCCUUUCCUCAAAGGGGAGGUGUUUGACGUGUGCCUGGUCCCGGUGAGUAUCAGCUAUGAGAGGAUCCUGGAGGAGGCGCUCUAUGCCCGGGAACUGCUCGGCGUUCCCAAACCCAAAGAAUCCACUUCAGGUCUCUUCAAGGCCAGGAAGAUUCUGCGUGAAGAUUACGGCAGCAUCCACGUCUACUUUGGCCAGCCUCUGUCAGUCAGACGUUUGGCACACGGCCGAGUGGACCGUGGCCGCUUCAACUUGACACCCAGACACAUCCCGGCCAGGCCUGGCGAGGAGAUUCAGCGCUUGGUGAGCGACGCCGCCUACAGCCUGGUGAGGGCUCAGGAGGACAACGCUGUCCUGAAGCCGUGGGUCCUGCUGGCGUCUCUGCUGCUCCAGGAUCAGGAAGCGGCGAUGGCGCUGGACGAGCUGACGGAGAAGGCCGUGUGGCUCCGCGACCUCACCCGGCAGUACGGAGCCUUCCUCCACUGGCCUGACCACCUCGCUCCUUCAGAGGUUGUGUCCUCCAGCCUGUCCCUGCAUGGAGGUCUGGUGAGGGUCUCCCAGGGGAGAGUCCAUCUGGCGUGGGAACAAGGUCCCGCCCAGGCCGGCCGCGCCCUCUCACCGGAGGAGGAUCUUCUGAGCCGGGCGGUCACCGUGCUCUCCUGCGCCUCCUACAGGAACCAGGCGCUGCACGUCUUCCUGCGUCCGGCGCUGCUGGCCUCCGCCGUCCACCUCGCCUCGUCCAGGCUGAAACAGCACGUCUUCAACACUUUCAGCUUCCUGAGGAACGUCUUCUCCAAUGAGUUCAUCUUGUGUCCCGGAGCCACCGUGCAGGAUUUUGAGGAGGCCUGCUACCUGCUGGAGAAGACGGGAGCGCUGCAGGUCACCCAGCAGGAGGUUCUGGUGACGGAGGGAGGGCAGAGAACCCUCGGCUUCCUGACCGGGGCCUUGGGGCCGUUCCUGCAAGGAUACCAGGUGCUUUGUCGCUUCCUGCGUGAGGAGGCCACCGAGGCUCUGACACACAAGUCCUUCAUCCCCGCCGCACGCGACUUCAUCAUCAGACAGCUGCUGGCAGGCAGGCUAAGGUACUUGGAGGUCUUGUCUUCUGACCUGCACAAGAAUGCUCUGGCAGCUCUGCUGAGACUAAAAGCCAUACACAGAGCACAGCAGGACUCCCUGAGCGUCAACCAGGCCACGCUGAAGUUUCUAGAAGACACUUUGGGAGGGAAGCUGCCCACUCCCACUCCCACGGCUGCCACGGCUCGCCUCUAACUGGGCUGAACUGCCAAAAGCACCUGAGGAGGACGUGGAUGUGGAUCUCCACCAAAGGAAAUAGCGCCCUGCCAAGCCCGCUGAGGACGGACAUUGAUGGGGGUCCUUGUGGGGGUCCCAGAGCUUUUCUUCAUGCCGUGCCUGCAGAACAUUACGGAUGUGGCCAGGAGGUCAACAACAACAAAGAUGUCUUUUGUCCUCUCCGCUAACUUUUUUAUCCGGAUUUUGUACUUUGGAUUAACGUGUACUUACAAAUACUACCACUACCAGUACUACCGUGUGUGUGUGUGUCAUAUAUAUAUAUAUAUAUAUAAUUAAUACAUUGUU